CUCUCUCUCUCUCUCUUACUUGUUCUACAAACAAAGAGGUAGCAGCAUCACAGCCGUUUAUAUGAACUUAAAUAUAACCUGACCUUUCAUCUGUUAUGUUGACUGAAAUAACCAUUUCGUGUUCAUUUUUUUGGGGGUGAUAAGAUAGAGUAUACGGAGGUGAAUGUCCCACCAGGCAAGUUUACGAGGAUGGAACCAAGGAAAUCGCACUAUCGGUUGUCAAAGGAAUCAAUUGUGAGCUUCAUUGUUUUGCCGAUGCAUGCACACAUCUGUGAAGUGUGAACCCAUAUGCUCAGUUCUUGAAAUGACUGGUGCAGGUAGUAUUUUCGCAUACGGCCAGACGAGUAGUGGAAAGACAUACACCAUGACUGCUAUUACUGAAUUUGCUGUGGCUGACAUUUUUGACUAUAUUUUUCAGGUAAAUGCAUCAGUUUAUUUUAUUUUUUCGUAUUAACCAAGAUAUUUGUUGCGCCAAUAAUACUAACUGGAUAUGGAUGCUGUCUGUAGCAUGAAGAAAGGGCCUUUUCAGUGAAAUUUUCAGCUAUAGAGAUCUACAAUGAGACCAUACGUGAUCUGCUUAGCUCUGAUGGUACAUCCCUGAGGCUACGAGAUGAUCCUGAGGUAAUAUUGAAUGUUCAUUAUUCUUUAGGGUACUGAACAGAACGCUUUUUUAGUUUGUAAACUUAUCAGAUUCUCCUUGUUCUUUCUCAUAGAAAGGGACAGUGGUUGAAAAAGCCAGAGAGGAAACUCUGCGAGACUGGAACCAUUUCAAGGAGCUUCUAUCUGUUUGUGCAGGUUUUAAAACUCAAAAAAAAAAAAUCACUUUGUUAUUAAUCAAGAUACUAUGAAAGUAGCCAUAUGACUUGAAAAAAAAAAAACGAUGUUGUCUGAAAAGUGAACUUACAUGGUGUCUUAGCAGCACAGCGUAAGAUUGGUGAAACAUCGUUGAAUGAGAGAAGCUCCAGAUCUCAUCAAAUUAUCAAACUGGUUAAACUCCUAUCUAUCACUGGAUUUAAGCUACAAAAUAUUCUCUCUCUCUCUCUCUCUCUCUCUCUCUCUCUUACUUAGCUUGGCCCUUAACUGUAUUGUUAAUUUUAUAGACAGUUGAAAGUUGUGCAUGUGAGUUGUUAGGCAAAGACAACUCCACCACCCUCAUGGCUAGUGUGGUAUGUUAAAAGCUAUACAACACCUUCUUUUACGUGGGAUCGAUCCUGAGGUCAUGUACAUCUUCCUUUUGUGUGGGCAUGCAGAGUUUCAUAGAUCUGGCGGGAAGCGAGCGUGCAUCACAGACGAUGUCAAGACUCAAGGAAGGCUGCCAUAUCAAUCAAAGUUUGCUUGCUCUUGGAACUGUUAUCCGUAAACUGAGGUUUGUAAUACAAAUACAAUCCUUUCUUAAUACAUUGUUCUCUUUCGCAUACUUAUUAUUAAUGAUCUCAAACCACUGGGUGGUGAUCUAUCUAGUAAGGGAAGACAAGGAGGGCACAUCUGCACUCUGAGCCCCGCGAGGAGUCACGUAGAGCUGACCAAGAACACUCUCUCGUUUGCCUCCUGUGCAAAGGAAGUUACCACAAAGGCGCACAUCAACGUUGUCAUGUCAGACAAGGCUCUUCUGAAGCAACUACAAUGUGAGCUUGCGAGGCUUGAGACCGAGCUCAGAAACGCUACCUCAAACUGUGACUGUGCGAUGAAGAAAGAUAUUCAGAUACAAAAGGUUUGGUUUUGUAACUGUGUGAUGGGUUAAUUAUAACUUCAUGAAAAUGAAGGUUCAAUGUGACUGCAGAUGGAAAAACAGAUUGAAGAGUUGAGAAUACAGAGGGAUCUUGCUCAGGCCUCAAAGGAUAUUGCUUCUGUUCGGCCUCACUCUGACGAUGAUGUUCUGCCUAUGCGUUCAGAAGAUCCAUCAGAUGGAUAUUACAGAGAAGUCCAAUGCAUUGAGAUCGAGGAAUCAGCUACAGAUUAUGAUAAUAACAACCACAAAGAGGAGAGAGCAGCAGAACCAAAAAACGUUUUAAGCCGUUGUGAUAACGGUAAUGGUGAAACGAGUGUAGGCCAAAACGUGAAGUUGAGAAGGCUGAACCACAUAGCUACCGCUCCAAGCAAGAGCACUCCACCUGGACCAGAGAGACAUGAGAUUGUGUUGCCUGAUUUAGAGAAUGAUUCUUCUAUGUCUUCUUCUUGUGGGAGCAGUUCCACAGGGGUUCAGAGCAUUCCCUUGAGAGAAGAGGGAGGUAUCACGAGCAUCCGUACUUUCUUUAAUGGUCUUCAGGAGAUGGCAGAUCUUCAUGGCGCCCAGGUAAUGUUCCCAAUAACAUAUUCUAAAUGGAUUCUUCUUGGAUCAUGUUUUCAAGUUUUUGUUUUCAUUUUAGGUCUCUAAUGCUGAGGCUUCUGGUACAAUGGGGAGGGACCUUGGUGUGGACGAGGAUUUUGAGAUGCAGCGGAAAGAGAUUCAGGUGCUAUGGCAAACCUGUAACGUCUCUUUGGUGCAUAGAACAUACUUCUACUUGCUCUUCAAAGGAGAUGAUGAUGCUGAUUCAAUCUACAUUGGAGUUGAGCUAAGAAGACUUUUGUUUAUUAAAG